AUGGUUUUGGGACUGGUGUGGAACUAUUUCCUCAUUAUGCUGUUAUUAGGAAUACUGAAGGCGGCAUUAUCCUUUUAUUGGCCCCUGAUCGGAGAGUGGAGAUAUGACGAUUUACAUUCCACUCUGCGGUAUCACGAAUCGUGCAGAGCGAAGCAGUUACUCGUAAACAGCUUAUUUUUCGUAGUGUAUCCUUUCGUCCUGUGCGUUCGGUGGUGCCGAUCCAGCCAGUGGACGGAAUGGACGGAAAGUGAACGAGACAUCUUCGAGCUGAACCUCGAUCGAUCGCGCGGAGAAGAGGAACUAUUGCGCUCUGGACUGCUACGAGGACGCAUGAUUAUUCAAAAGGAAAUCGUCCUGAUGGAUGGAUCGGAAGCUGACGCACCGACAUAUAGAAGCUACGAUGGGGUUGACGAAUGCGUUGUCGACGUUGAAGUGCAGCCGACGACGAAAGACGAUUGUGAUCCGUUAGAUCUUUCGAAACAGUCAGCAAACGAAAAACUGCAAAAGACAUUUACGAAGCCAACUUCGAAGCAAGCAAUGGCUAUGGAAUCACACUCAUCCAACAGUGAUGGGGAGGGCGAUGGCGAUGAAACGCAUCUGAUUCAUACGUCCUCAAGAAGCUACUGCGCUUGUUCGUCAUCCACGAAAAUGGAGAGCUAUAAAUAG